UUCUUUAUAUCUACAAUUUUUAUAAUUUGUAGUAUCUAUUUGUCUAUUUUUAAUUUAUUUAAUUAUUAGCGUUGUGCGUUAUCACAGAAUAAUUCCACACAGUAAAACACUGGAAAUACACUUAAACCCAAAUAUCGUAUUUAAACAAUGCUUUCAAAAUGCACAAGUUUUAGUAACUUUAUGACAAUGUUGCUAUAAUAAAAUUAAGAGAGUUACGCUUAGUAUCUUAAACAAACAGUGACUCACAUUCAUAUUUCUUACAAUUAAUAUAAAAAAACUAUGCAAUAUUAUUUUUUAAUUUUAACAAUUGAAAAGGACAAAUUUUGUCUUUGCAGUUUUCUUUUCCCAAAAGUCUAAACACAUAUUUUAAAAUAUAUAUAUUCUGUAUUUUUUAUAUAUUUUACUUAAAUAUUUUUACAUACAUGCACAUACAAAAUUACAAAAAAACUGUAAUAAAAAGAUUUCUUUGAAUGUAACUACUGUGUAUAUAACUAAAACAAGUACUGUGUACGUAACUAAAUAUCAAAUGUCAUAUUUUUUCUUUAUACAAUAUCGCAAGAGUGUUCCAGCAAAAACAAACAGUUGGAUACCGUGUUUUAUCAGUGCUGGAAAGCCACUGCCAAAUAAAAGUAGUAAAAUUUUGUGUUUGCAUAAUAUGACAUUUGACAUUUAAUUACGUAUUUAGCAACUUUUUUCAUUUUUUAGCUUCUGAGAAAUAUCUUUACAUAAUAAUGAAAAGAAAUGCGAAAAGAGGUAUAUUUUCUAUGAAAAUGAUAAUGAAGGCAGGUUUUUUUUUCUACACAUGCACAUAUAUGUAUAUAAUCUAAACUUAACUUAAAAAGUAAAUUUAAUUUGCUACCAAAAACCAACUUAUAAUUUUCAAGUUGUCAAUUUAAGUUUUUUAAAUUAAAAAAAAAAUUUUUCUUUUAAUCACAAGAAAAAUCACAACAACAACUCGAGAGUUUAACAAAAUAUUGUAUAGGAAUUCAUCAUAUCUUGAACUUUGUCUGCCGAAUAAAACGACAAAACUUUGCACCAACUUGUAAUAUAUGAAACUAAUAAUUAAAUUAGGUGAAGAGACACGUGGUUGUAAUCGUCGGCCUUGUGUGCAGCUGUUAAGUGCCCAUUUCCUAUUUCAUUUCAGAUGCAAAGUAUCUUCUAUCUAUCUAUGGUACUGCACUUUACUCUAGAAGCGUGCCACGCGUUUCAGUCGGAGACACGCUCGCGGCAGUGUAUGCCUUCAACGACGAUGUAUGUACCGAUUAUGAGCUACAAAGUGAGCCGUAGAAUGGAUUUUACUCGAUACUCAGUGUACUGAUAAGAGAGAUAACGAGCAGUAACACCGCGUGUAUUCCGUUCCGCAGUAUUAUCAGUUAUAUGCUGAUUUUGAAGAAACGCCGGAGUCAUGAUUCGCGAUCGCACGCCCGAGCUGCUUUCCAGCCGUAGUAACAGCACCUUUGGCAGAGGGUUCCUGCAAGACGUGCACCUUCAGACGGCCCAAAACAAGAGGCUCAAAAAACUGCUCGACGAAGCCGAGAAAAUACGCAUGCUAAUCAACCUCAUAGUCGAAAACGUGUCUAUCGUAAAGGACUUACAUAACAAUGUUUUAUCACACACGAACAAAGAUAUGCAAAAGGAAUUGGAAACUCGCUCGUACACGAUCUCACAAACGGCUUUUCACGUACAGCGAAAGUUACGAGAUAUGGGAAAGGAUAUAACAGUUAUUGAUGAUUUAACUGUGGCCAGUGCGCAGGAUGGAUCUGUAUAUUUCAGAAUUAAGAUUUUGCAGUACACAACCAUGAUGAAAUUGUUCACCGAGAUUAUGAACGAUUAUAAUAGAACAGUAAUUAGAUAUCACGACAAAUGCCGGUUGCUCUUGCAACAGCAACGACUGUUACUGAGACGACAAGUUACAAGCGAGGAAUUAGACCACAUGCUUGACGCUCAAGAAACCAGUUUAUUUGUCGACAAUAUUCUAGAGGACAGCAAAAUAAUAAGGCAACAAUUGUCGGACAUAAAAAGCAGACAUGCUGAAGUUUUAAAAUUGGAAAAAUCUCUAAUCGAGAUCAGGACACUAUUUGCUGACGUAGCAUUUUUGACCGAAAAACAAGGCGAACAAAUUAAUAACAUAGAAUAUUUUGCUGAUAAAACGACAAAUAAUAUUGGUGGCGGAUGUGUUCAACUUGAAGAAGCAGAAACAAGACACAACAAAAGUAAAAAGCGAAAAAUCAAGAUUGUCAUUAUCAUAAUUAUAAUAGUAAUAAUAAUGAUAUUUGUUUUAUCCGUAAUUUAAGAAUUAGAAGAGAUAUUUUUUA